AUGAAUUUGAAUUCGAUUCACCGGUCAGCAGGAGGUGGAGGUGCAGAAACCACAAUUUGUGCAAUUAAAGCAGCUACAAUUAAAAAAAAGGCUGCCCCAGCAAGCUCCAGCUUCGUUUCUGGAGGUGGCGCAAGUGGAGGAGGAGGAAUCCAAAGCGUAAUUGGUGGAGGAUAUGGCCUUUCUGGAUCUUCCUUUGUUGCUGGUGGAGGCGGCAGUGGGGGAGGUAUUCAAAGCGUUAUUGGAGGUGGAUCUUCAUUUGUAGCUGGAGGAGGUGGAUAUGGACAUGGAGGAUACGGUUAUGGUGGAUAUGGAUAUGGACGUUAAAUUAU